AUGAUCAUGCUGUUCUGUUUUGCAGUUUCCCUGCCAUCCGUGAAACCGAUUUCUAACGAAAGCAGCUUAGUAUACAAAAGUUGUGCGGAUCAAACGCAUCUUAGUUCAACCAUGUCUCACGCACAAACCCUUUCAUCUCUUUUUGAAGAGCUAGUUCUUCAAUCCUCUAAAUCAAAGUUCUUCAAAACCACUCAUGGCAGUGAUGAUGAUCAGACGGCGAUUUAUGGUUUAUUUCAGUGCAGAGAAGAUAUCAGCAAUGAGGACUGUGGAAACUGUGUGAAAGCUCUACCUGCCAUGUCGAGCAGCCUCUGUAAACAAGCAGAAUCAGCUCGGGUUCAGCUUCCGGGCUGCUAUAUCCGCUAUGAACCCGAUUGGCUUCCAAAUGAGUACUCCGAAAACAAACUGCUUCACAAAACUUGUGGGGAACCAAACCCGUUGAUUGGCGGGUUUGUGGAGAUGAGGGACGCAGCGUUUUCCGCUUUGGAAGGUGGCAUAGCAAGCAGCGGAGGGUUCUGUAAAACGAGCUACGAAUUGGUGCAAGUAAUGGCACAAUGUGAAGGGGAAAUGGAAGCUUGUGAAUGCGGAGAGUGUGUAAACAAGGCUGUUCGGAUUGCUCAAGAAGAAUGUGGUACUGCUGUUUCGGGUGAAAUUUACUUGGACAAGUGCUUUAUGAGCUAUUCUUACAGUCCAGAAGGUGUACCUGGCAGGUUGAAUCCAGGUAAGUGAUAUGCUUCACAUCCAUCUCAUUUAAGAGAAAGCAAAGGCGGUAACAGCAGCAAUGGGAAAAUAGUGGCAAUUGUUCUGGGAGGGGCAGCAGCUUUGGUUGUAGGAUACAUAUUUCUCUUGGUCCUUAAAUCUUGGAUGAAGAAAGAUGAUGAUGAUUUGGUGUAG